CUUCUCCCUUGAUGUUUGUUUAGCCCCAUAAUUGCUGACCCGCGUGAGCGUGAGAUCCACGCGCAUCGGCACUACCGUUACUCCCCACUGCACCUACCCUUUCCUCCUCCUUUGGCUGAACCCUUCCAACUAGUGUCCAAAGGAAGUGGACAAAGAAAUGGCUGGCGGUGCCGCUGGGGGUUUUGUAAGCCGAGCAUUCGAUUCUAUGCUCAAAGAAUGUUCCGGCAAAAAGUAUCCCGACCUCCAGAAGGCUAUUCAGAGUUAUUUAGAUAAUACGAAAGGCGUCGAUCAGACUCAGCAUUCUGGUUCCACUGAGACCAAUCAAGCAGCAUAUUUGCCUGGAGAUGGCAGUUCCCUUGAAACCGACGGUGGAGCUGCAAGGACGGCAGCAGAACCUGCUAACUCACACUCGGUCCAACGUAGUACGGAGGAGGCAGACCAUGUUGGCAGGCCCGUUGGAAGGAGUGGAACCAUCACUACUGUCUUAUCAAGUGCUGGGCACACCCUUGAAGGAGCACAGGCGGAGCUUGUUCUGAAUCCACUUCGACUUGCAUUUGAGACUAAGAACUUGAAAACCAUAGAACCUGCUUUGGAUUGUCUUCAUAAACUCAUUGCAUAUGAUCAUCUAGAGGGAGAUCCCGGUUUAGAUGGUGGUAAAAAUGUCACACUGUUUACAGACAUUCUGAACAUGAUUUGCAGUUGUGUUGACAAUUCAUCGCCUGAUAGUACCAUUCUGCAAGUGUUGAAGGUGCUUCUUACCUCCGUGGCAUCCACAAAGUUCAGAGUACAUGGGGAACCUUUGCUGGGUGUUAUCAGAGUGUGCUACAAUAUUGCUCUUAACAGUAAGAGUCCUGUGAACCAAGCAACAUCAAAGGCAAUGUUGACACAAAUGGUCAGCAUCGUAUUCAGGAGAAUGGAGACUGAACCGGAUUGCGCUUCAGCUUGUUCUGCCAAAGAAUCAAAGGCUGCUUCAGCAGAGAAUUCAAACACAAAAGUUGACGAAACUUCUUUGGUGGACCAAGACGAGAAAGGAAUGACAUUAGGGGAGGCGCUGACCCAGGUCAAAGACACGUCUCUUGCAUCUGUUGAGGAACUCCAUAAUCUUGCUGGAGGUGUCGAUAUCAAGGGUUUGGAGGCAGUCCUUGACAAAGCUGUGCAUCUUGAAGACGGUAAAAAGAUAACUCGAGGGAUUGACCUUGAGAGCAUGAGCAUUGUACAACGUGAUGCUUUAUUGGUAUUCCGCACCCUUUGCAAGAUGGGCAUGAAGGAAGACAAUGAUGAAGUUACAACUAAGACAAGAAUAUUGUCUCUUGAGCUUCUGCAGGGUUUGUUGGAAGGAGUUAGCUAUUCUUUUACGAAGAACUUCCAUUUUAUUGACUCAGUGAAAGCAUAUCUUUCAUAUGCAUUGCUCCGUGCUUCUGUUUCGCAAUCUCCUGUAAUAUUUCAGUACGCAAGUGGAAUUUUCUCAGUUCUUUUGUUGCGAUUCAGGGAAAGUCUUAAAGCUGAAAUUGGCAUCUUCUUCCCCUUGGUAGUUCUGAGAUCAUUGGAUGGCUUGGAAUGUCCUGUUAAUCAAAAACUAAGUGUUCUUCGGAUGCUUGAGAAAGUAUGCAAGGAUUCUCAGAUGCUUGUUGACGUAUUCGUGAACUAUGAUUGUGAUCUUGAGGCACCAAACUUAUUUGAACGCAUGGUUACCGCUCUAUCUAAACUAGCUCAAGGAACACAAAAUGCAGAUCCAAAUUCAGUUAGUGUAUCACAUACAACUUCCAUUAAAGGGUCAUCACUUCAGUGCCUUGUGAAUGUACUUAAAUCACUGGUUGAUUGGGAGAAGUCACAUAGAGAAUCAGAAAAUCAGACUAAAGGUAAUCAGUCUUCUGAAGAAAAGGUUUCUGCUAAAGAAUCUAUUGAGAUAAAAAACAGGGAAGACAUCACCAGUAACUUUGAGAAGGCAAAGGCUCACAAAUCUACAAUGGAAGCUGCCAUCUCUGAGUUUAACAGGAAACCAGUUAAGGGCAUAGAGUAUCUGAUAUCUAAUAAGUUGGUGGAGAAUACACCUGCUUCUGUUGCCCAAUUUCUGAGAAACGCUCACAGCUUGGACAAGGCUAUGAUUGGCGAUUAUUUGGGUCAGCACGAAGAGUUUCCCCUUGCUGUGAUGCAUGCUUAUGUAGAUUCCAUGAAGUUUUCAGGAAUGAAGUUUGAUAAUGCAAUCCGUGAAUUUCUUAAAGGAUUUCGACUUCCAGGGGAAGCUCAAAAGAUAGAUCGCAUCAUGGAAAAGUUUGCAGAACGAUAUUGUGCAGACAAUCCGAGUCUUUUUACAAAUGCAGAUACUGCAUAUGUUCUUGCAUAUGCAGUCAUAAUGCUGAAUACUGAUGCACAUAACCCAAUGGUGUGGCCUAAAAUGUCCAAGUCAGAUUUUAUACGUAUGAAUGCCAUGAAUGAUGCUGAAGAAUGUGCCCCUUCAGAACUCCUGGAAGAGAUCUAUGAUUCUAUUAUUAAACAGGAAAUAAAAAUGAAAGAUGACUCAGCUGGUGUUGAUAAAAGCAGCAGACAGAAGCCAGAAGGUGAAGAGAGAGGUGGCCUUGUCCGUAUUCUUAAUCUGGCUCUCCCAAGAAGAAAGUCAUUGACAGAUACCAAGUCUGAGAGUGAAGCUAUUGUUAAGCAAACACAGGCUAUAUUUCGGAGUCAAGGAGUUAAAAGAGGCAUUUUCUAUACUUCACAGCAGAUAGAACUUGUAAGGCCCAUGGUUGAAGCUGUAGGAUGGCCUUUGCUUGCUACUUUCUCUGUUACUAUGGAGGAAGGAGAGAAUAAGCCAAGGGUUGUCCUCUGUAUGGAGGGAUUUAAAGCUGGAAUACACAUCACACAUGUUCUUGGGAUGGAUACCAUGCGCUAUGCUUUCUUAACAUCUCUGGUCAGAUUUACUUUCUUGCAUGCCCCUAAAGAAAUGCGCAGUAAAAAUGUGGAAGCAUUGCGGACAUUGCUGGCCCUUUGUGAGUCAGAGACUGACUCCCUCCAAGACACAUGGAAUGCAGUUUUGGAAUGUGUUUCCCGACUUGAAUUUAUCACAUCAACGCCUGCUAUUUCUGCUACUGUCAUGCAUGGAUCAAAUCAGAUCUCAAGAGAUUCUCUUCUUCAAUCCUUGCGAGAAUUGGCUGGGAAGCCUGCUGAACAAGUAUUUGUGAGUAGUGUUAAACUGCCCAGUGAUUCUGUUGUGGAAUUCUUCACUGCGCUCUGUGGUGUAUCAGCUGAAGAACUAAAGCAAACUCCAGCUCGUGUUUUCAGCUUGCAAAAGCUUGUGGAGAUCAGCUACUACAACAUGGCUCGUAUACGCAUGGUUUGGGCUAGAAUAUGGUCUGUUCUAGCAAAUCACUUUAUUUCAGCUGGAAGCCAUCAUGAUGAGAAAAUAUCUAUGUAUGCCAUAGAUUCUUUGAGGCAGCUUGGUAUGAAGUAUUUAGAGCGUGCUGAACUUGCCAAUUUCACUUUCCAGAAUGACAUUCUGAAACCAUUUGUUAUUCUUAUGCGAAAUACUCGAAGUGAAUCUAUAAGAGGCCUAAUCGUCGACUGCAUUGUUCAAAUGAUAAAGUCUAAAGUUGGCAGCAUAAAGUCUGGAUGGCGAAGUGUUUUUAUGAUUUUCACAGCUGCUGCAGAUGAUGACUUGGAAUCAAUUGUUGAAAGUGCAUUUGAAAAUGUUGAACAGGUUAUCUUGGAACACUUUGAUCAAGUAGUUGGAGAUUGUUUUAUGGACUGCGUCAACUGUCUUAUCAGGUUUGCCAAUAAUAAAAGUUCGCACCGUAUAAGUUUGAAGGCUAUUGCACUCCUGCGUAUAUGUGAGGAUCGCCUGGCAGAGGGCCUCAUACCUGGAGGUGCAUUGAAACCCAUUGAUGGUAAUGUGGAUGCAACUUUUGAUGUGACUGAGCAUUAUUGGUUCCCAAUGCUGGCUGGAUUAUCUGAUCUGACAUCAGAUCCAAGACCAGAGGUCAGGAGUUGUGCACUUGAAGUUUUGUUUGAUUUACUGAAUGAGAGAGGUAGCAAAUUCUCAUCAUCAUUUUGGGAGAGCAUCUUCCAUCGUGUCUUGUUUCCUAUUUUUGAUCAUGUAAGACAUGCUGGAAAGGAAAGCUUAAUUUCUUCUGAUGAUGAGUUGCUUCGUGAAACAAGCAUUCACUCACUUCAAUUGCUGUGCAACCUUUUCAACACUUUCUACAAGGAGGUAUGUUUUAUGCUUCCACCAUUAUUGAGUUUGCUGUUGGAUUGCGCCAAACAGACAGAUCAAUCAGUGGUUUCAAUAUCUCUGGGUGCACUGGUGCAUCUUAUAGAAGUUGGAGGACACCAAUUCAGUGAGAGCGACUGGGAUAUGCUGUUGAAAAGCAUAAGAGAUGCUUCGUACACAACACAACCACUUGAGCUGCUCAAUGCUUUAGGUUUUGAUAGUGCUUCCCUAAAGUCUUUGGACAAUGAGGAAGUGGAUGGCAAUACGUUUGAUGUCAGGGAUAAUGGAAACGUACAUCUGUUGCCAUCCGCAAAUACUGGUCCUGAUGGCACUGCAGGGAACCUUAAUGCAGCAGUUCGCCUGGAUCACUAUCGAGAAUCAGGGUCACAAAUUAAUGUGAAUGGAUCUGAAGGGAUUCCAUCACCAUCAGGAAGCACUUUGAAAACUGUUGAUGGAGGCCUCCAACGGAGUCAGACAAUAGGCCAAAGGAUUAUGGGAAAUAUGAUGGAUAAUCUCUUUCUCAGAAAUCUUACUUCUAAGUCUAAAAGCCAUGCUUCAGAUGCUUCAGUACCAUCUUCUCCAGUCCAGCAUCCCGAUGCCAUGGAACCUGAUGCCAAAGAUGAGGUAGAAAGUCCACUGUUGGGAACUGUUAGGGGCAAGUGCAUCACACAAUUACUGUUGCUUGGUGCCAUCGAUAGUAUCCAGAAGAAAUACUGGAGCAAGUUGAAAGCACCACAAAAGAUUGCUGUAAUGGAUAUAUUGCUAUCUUUGUUGGAAUUUGCUGCUUCUUAUAAUUCAUAUACCAAACUCAGAAUGCGUAUGCACCAAAAUACUGAUGAAAGGCCACCUUUGAAUCUUCUGCGCCAGGAAUUAGCAGGAACUUGCAUAUAUAUGGACAUCUUACAGAAAGCAACUUCAGGAUAUGAUGCCAGAAAAGAGAGAGACCCUAAUACUCAUCCAGACACUGAUACUACUUCAGCCAACAACUCUAAUGCAGAAGAGAAGCUUGAAAGAGUAGCUGAGGAGAAAUUGGUAUCAUUCUGUGAACAGGUGCUUAGGGAGGCAUCUGAUGUUCAGGCCAGUGUUGGGGAAACUACUAAUAUGGAUAUUCAUCGAGUGUUGGAGUUACGUUCUCCAAUUAUUGUUAAGGUAAUUAAAGGCAUGUGCUUUAUGAACAAUCAGAUAUUCAGAAGACACCUGCGAGACUUCUAUCCUUUGCUUACAAAACUUGUAUGUUGCGAUCAGAUGGAUGUUCGUGGAGCUCUUGGCGAUCUUUUCCGGGCACAAUUGAAAGCUCUUUUGCCAUAGUGUCUUUGUUUUUUUUUUUUUCUACGCUUAAUCAAGUUUAUCUGAAUUAUUAUCAGUCAUUGCACAUCGCAAAGCAGGUCAUCUCAUUUUCUAGUUGAUUUUGUUUUUCUACACCGAAAAAUUGAUGUGCUCUACAAGGAGAUUUUUUGCAGUCAUUUUGUUUUAGUGGAAAAGAAGGAAAAGAAACGAUGUGUGCCUCUUAAGGGAGGCUCUGGUGUUAGUUUCCGUCGUGGUACUUUAUUGCUGAUCUUUUAUAUAUUCCUUACAAAGCUGUGUUCCUUAUUGCUGAUUUUUAAUGAAGUUCUUAAGAAAGAAAAAUAUGAAGAAUAAAUCUGGUCUUGAUUCA